CCAACACUUCAAACACAAACUGUUUUCUGGGAUAUUACAGAAAAAAGCAUCAAAAGAUGGCAUUAAUUCUCUUCCUUGGUUUGUGUCUCCUUCUCCAAGUAGCCACGGGGGAAAUUAUGUGCGACGAAUUGGCUGGUGCAAAAUGUAGCUUCUCGAUUGCAUCUUCAGGAAAGCGAUGCGUAUUAGAGAACUACGUACGAAACAACGGAAACGUGGAGUAUCAGUGCAAGACUUCGGAGAUUCAUGUUAAGAAUAUGAAAGAAUGGAUCGAAAGCGAUGAGUGCACGAACGCAUGUGGGGUUGAUCGCAUGUCCGUAGGGAUCUCCUCUGACUCCCUUCUCGACCCGCGUUUCCUUUCCAAGAUUUGUUCGAGUUCUUGCUACGAAAACUGCCCCAAUAUCGUUGAUCUCUAUCACAACCUCGCCAUUGGAGAAGGUGUAUUUCUCUCAAAUCUUUGUGACGUACAAAGAAGGAUGCCACGCCAUGCAAUGACUCAACUCUUAAGUUCUGGAGCAGCAUCAGCUCCCACCUCUGCUGCAAUGGCAGAAGCUCCAAUGGCAGAAGCUCCAUGCUCUAAUACUUGAUUCAGCCUAAGCAUAUACAGUU